UCUCGCUGCCUCUAGGCACAGGUUUUUUUUUUCGAGCCAAAAACUUUUGCUUCCUUACAUGCACCAUCUAUCAGGUCAACGUCUUGUAUAUCUAUAUUCACUACUGGGUGUUCGCUCCUCUCCAGGAGUAAACCGCCGUCGUUGGAAUUACAAUAUCUAGUUUACAACAGAAACCUACUAGAUACUGCUGAAGACCUUCGUAACCCACCUGCCGCUCGUUCAUUGCUCGUCGUUUCAAUCGAGGACCAUGCCUCCGUCAAGUGCCAAUGAGCUGUCCAUGGCACUCGAGCUCGAGGACGGCUAUGUCUGCAAGGGCCAUAGCUUUGGUGCUCCCAAGAGCAUAGCUGGAGAGCUAGUCUUUCAGACUGGUAUGGUCGGUUACCCUGAAUCUAUUACAGAUCCUUCCUAUAGAGGUCAAAUCUUGGUCGUUACCUUCCCACUGGUCGGCAACUACGGUGUGCCAUCUCGAGAGGAACAAGACGAACUGCUCGAGGGCAUCCCCGCACAUUUCGAGUCCUCCCAAAUCCAUAUCGCGGGUCUGGUGAUCGCUGCAUAUGCAGGCGAGGAGUUCUCACAUCACCUUGCUACUUCGUCCCUAGGCCAAUGGCUGCAAGAGCAAGGCGUGCCGGCCAUUUAUGGCGUCGACACUCGUGCACUUACGAAAAGAAUACGCGAGCACGGAAGCAUGCUUGGCAAGAUACUCAAGCAAAAGAAUACAGUCGCCGGGGCAAUCUCUGGCCUGUUGAGCAGCAUCUCAAACGGUGUACGGACAGACGUGCCCCAGAAGAGUCUAGUGGCUGGCACAGAGACUCCUCAAAUUCGGGAUUGGAAGUUGGACUAUGAGGAUUUGGCUUGGGUCAAUCCCAACGAGAAGAAUCUCGUUGCUGAAGUGUCGACCAAAGAGCCCAAAAUAUAUCCCCCAAGCAAAAGUACUGCCCUUCGCCACCCCUCUGGUCGUCCUGUACGUGUCAUAUGCGUCGAUGUCGGCCUCAAAUAUAAUCAAUUGAGAUGUUUGGUAAAAAGAGGGGUGGAAGUGGAGGUAGUUCCUUGGGACUACGACUUUCCAAAGCUCGCAGGAAAGAGCUACGACGGCCUAUUCAUAUCGAACGGUCCUGGUGACCCAGCUAUGAUGCAGUCCACAGUGAAACAUAUCGCUACUGCCAUGGACGAGGCGAGAACUCCCAUCUUUGGUAUCUGUCUUGGUCAUCAGCUGCUGGCUCGUGCAGCAGGGGCUAGCACUUUAAAGAUGAAAUUCGGCAACCGUGGACACAACAUCCCAUGCACAAACCAAAUCUCUGGAAGAUGUUACAUUACAUCGCAGAAUCACGGCUUUGCUGUCGAUUCUGCAACUCUACCAGCACAAUGGGAAGAGUUGUUCAGGAACGCGAAUGAUCAAUCCAAUGAAGGGAUCCGACAUGUAUCGCGACCAUACUUUAGUGUCCAGUUCCAUCCUGAGCACGCACCAGGACCACAAGACACUGAGUUCCUCUUUGACGUGUUCAUUAACAGCAUUCAGAAGGUACUUCAGGACUCCAAAGCUCUCGCAGAACCAGUAGUUUUCCCAGGGGGCCAAGUCAGAGACGUUGAGCAAAAGUUUCCCCGAUUGCAUCCCAAGAAAGUGCUGGUCUUGGGCAGUGGUGGUCUGAGUAUUGGCCAGGCUGGUGAGUUCGAUUACUCAGGCAGUCAAGCCAUCAAGGCUCUGAAGGAGGAGGGUAUCUAUACCAUCUUGAUCAACCCAAACAUUGCAACCAUUCAGACCUCCAAGGGCUUGGCGGACCAAGUCUACUUCCUUCCGGUAACGCCGGAAUUUGUACGGAAAGUCAUCAAGCAAGAGCGUCCAGACGCUAUAUAUUGCACAUUCGGCGGCCAAACAGCGUUACAGGUCGGUAUCCAGCUCAAAGACGAGUUCGAGGAGCUUGGCGUUCAGGUCCUUGGAACUCCAAUUGACACCAUCAUCACAACUGAAGAUCGAGAGUUAUUUGCUCGUAGCAUGGAAUCUAUAGGGGAGAAGUGUGCCAAGUCCGCAUCUGCUAAUUCCGUUGAUGAAGCGAUGCGUGCUGUCAAGGGCAUCGGGUUUCCUGUCAUUGUCCGCGCUGCAUAUGCUCUCGGUGGACUCGGAAGUGGCUUUGCUGAUAACGAGGAGCAGUUGUUGGACCUCUGCAACAAAGCAUUCGCUGCCAGUCCACAAGUCCUGAUCGAACGCAGCAUGAAAGGCUGGAAGGAGAUUGAGUAUGAAGUUGUUCGCGAUGCCCGCGACAACUGCAUCACUGUCUGUAACAUGGAAAACUUCGAUCCUCUUGGAAUCCACACUGGUGACUCCAUUGUUGUAGCGCCAUCGCAGACGCUGUCUGACGAAGAUUACAACAUGCUGCGAACCACUGCUGUCAACGUCAUUCGUCAUCUUGGCGUCGUCGGUGAAUGCAACAUUCAGUACGCCUUGAAUCCAUUCUCAAAAGAAUAUUGCAUUAUUGAGGUCAACGCUCGAUUGUCGCGCUCUUCCGCGCUUGCCUCGAAGGCCACUGGGUAUCCAUUGGCGUUCGUAGCAGCCAAGCUAGGCUUGAACAUCCCACUCAACGAGAUCACGAACUCUGUCACUAAGUCUACUUGCGCUUGCUUUGAGCCGUCGCUUGACUAUGUGGUCGUGAAGAUCCCUCGAUGGGACUUGAAGAAAUUCCUGCGGGUUUCUACUCUCCUUGGAUCCUCAAUGAAGAGUGUUGGUGAGGUGAUGAGCAUCGGUCGUACCUUUGAAGAGGCUAUCCAAAAGGCCAUUCGUGCCAUUGACCCCAGCAACAUGGGCUUCAACGAUACGGAAGCACUCAUGAGCAUCGACACAGAGCUUCAGACCCCCUCUGACCAGAGACUGUUUGCGCUUGCAAACGCGAUGCACAAUGGAUACUCCGUCGACAAGAUUUGGGAAAUGACCAAAAUUGACAAAUGGUUUCUCAGUCGGCUGAAAGGUCUGAGUGACUUCGGGAAGAUCAUGACUAAAUAUACGAGAAGCAACAUCACUCCCGACCUGUUCCGCCAAGCAAAGCAACUCGGCUUCUCGGACAGGCAACUCGCCAAAUUUUGGAGUUCCAACGAGCUAGCAGUCCGCAGGUCUCGCGUUGAUGCGGGCAUCAUGCCUGUUGUCAAGCAGAUCGAUACUGUUGCUGCUGAGUUCCCCGCUCACACCAAUUAUCUGUACUUGACAUAUAAUGGUGUGGAGAAUGACAUCGACUUCAAUGACCACGGAGUGAUGGUACUGGGUUCAGGCGUUUACCGCAUCGGGUCUUCAGUCGAAUUCGAUUGGUGCUCCGUACGAGCUAUCCGAACGCUCAGGGAACAAGGCUUUAAAACUACCAUGGUCAACUAUAAUCCGGAAACAGUAUCAACUGACUAUGAUGAAGCUGAUCGACUGUACUUCGAGAACAUCACACUUGAAUGCGUUCUUGACAUCUACACACUAGAGAACUCCAGUGGGGUCAUUCUUUCCAUGGGAGGUCAAACACCCAAUAAUAUUGCACUGCCGCUUCAUCGAAUGAACGUCAAGAUUCUUGGCACAUCUCCCGAAAUGAUUGACACGGCAGAAAACCGCUACAAGUUCUCGCGCAUGCUGGACAGAAUCUCGGUGGACCAGCCGGCGUGGAAGGAGUUGACCAGUCUUGAGGAAGCAAGACAAUUCUGCAAUAAAGUAUCAUACCCUGUCCUGGUCAGGCCCUCAUAUGUCUUGUCCGGUGCUGCCAUGAACACCGUCUAUUCUGAGCACGAUCUGGCCAACUACCUCAACCAGGCAGCAGAUGUCUCACCCGAGCACCCAGUGGUCAUAACGAAGUACAUUGAGAACGCCAAGGAGAUUGAAAUGGAUGCUGUUGCUCGUAAUGGCAAGAUGAUUGGCCAUUUUAUCUCUGAGCAUGUUGAGAAUGCUGGUGUACAUUCUGGAGACGCGACACUAAUACUGCCACCUCAAGACUUGGACCCUGAGACUGUUCGCCGCAUUGAGGAUGCAACACGAAAAAUCGGGAAUGCAUUGAAUGUUACUGGACCGUACAACAUCCAAUUCAUUGCAAAGGACAAUGACAUCAAAGUAAUCGAGUGCAACGUGCGAGCAUCUCGAUCGUUUCCUUUUGUGUCCAAGACCAUGGGUGUCGAUCUUAUCGAGAUGGCGACGAAAGCGAUGGCUGGUCUGGAGCUUGUGGAAUAUCCCCAUGUUACCCUUCCUGCGGACUACGUUGGCGUGAAAGUGCCUCAGUUCUCGUUUUCACGGCUGUCCGGUGCUGAUCCUGUACUUGGUGUUGAAAUGGCUUCCACAGGAGAGGUUGCGUGCUUUGGUCGGACCAAAUACGAGGCCUAUUUGAAAGCUCUCAUUUCCACGGGAUUCCGUCUGCCCAAGAAGAACAUUCUCUUGUCGAUCGGCUCCUUCAAAGACAAGCUCGAGAUGUUGCCGUCUAUCCAGAAUCUGCACAAGAUGGGCUACAAUCUGUUUGCAACUGCAGGUACAGCGGACUACAUUGCCGAGCAUGGCAUUCCUGUCAAAUUCUUGGAAGUUCUUGGUGGAUCUGGUGUCAGUGACAAGGAUCAAAAGCCAGAGUACUCCUUGAUGCAGCAUUUGUCCAACAAUCUCAUCGAUCUCUACAUCAAUCUUCCAUCGAGCAACCGGUUCCGUCGACCAGCGAACUAUGUCAGCCGUGGUUACCAAACUCGUCGUAUGGCUGUUGACUACCAAACUCCAUUAGUCACCAACGUCAAGAACGCAAAACUUCUCAUCGAGGCUCUAGCGCGCCAUUACGACCUCGAGAUCAGCAAGGUCGACUACCAGACAUUCGCCGAUGGCAAGAUGGGGUCGGACGCACAUGGAGCUUUGCAGCUGCAACGGCCUAACGCUUCACAAUCUCUUGGACAGCUACUCGCGCGAUCUCCUUUCAAGGGCAAGAAUGUUACUAGCGUCAAGCAGUUCAGCCGAACUGAUCUCCAUCUUCUGUUCACUGUUGCUCAAGAGAUGCGGCUAGGUGUUCAGAGGCAAGGGUGCCUCGAUAUCCUUAAAGGGCGUGUACUUUGCACAAUGUUCUACGAGCCGUCCACGAGGACUUCAGCAUCGUUUGAUACUGCAAUGAAGCGUCUCGGAGGUCAGGUCGUGACUAUCACUGAGCAGCAUUCAAGCACUAAGAAGGGCGAGACAUUGGCUGACACCAUCCGUACUCUGGCGUGCUACGCAGACGGCAUCGUUCUUCGUCAUCCUUCUGAAGAUUCGGCCGAUAUUGCAUCCAAGUUCUCCGACGUACCCAUAAUCAAUGCUGGUAAUGGAUCCAAGGAGCAUCCAACCCAGGCUCUCCUGGACAUAUUCACUAUCAGAGAAGAGCUUGGAACAGUCAAUGGCCUCAACAUCACCUUUGUCGGUGACCUGAAGUACGGACGCACAGUUCACUCGCUUUGUGAGCUGUUGAAACUUUACGAGGUGAACAUCACACUGGUGUCUCCUAAGUCGCUAGCAAUGCCCAAGAAGGUGUGCGAUGCGCUUCGUUCCCGGGGUCAACUGAAGGAAGAGCUUUUCGAGCUCACGCCCGAAGUAGUCAGUCGCACGGAUGUACUUUACUGUACUCGUGUCCAGAAGGAGAGAUUCGACGAUCUUGCGCUGUACGAGAAGAUCAAGGACAGUUUCGUGGUCAACAACGAGGUGAUGAAGCAUGCCAAGGGCGAAGGGCAUAUGAUCGUGAUGCACCCCUUGCCUAGGAACAAUGAGAUUGCCGAAGAGGUAGACUUUGACCAGAGGGCUGCAUAUUUCCGACAGAUGCGCUACGGGCUGUACACCCGCAUGGCGUUAUUAGCGAUGGUCAUGGCUCCUUGAAAUCUAAUAAAUAGUGGAGAAAAUCUGAAUGGCAAUGUAAUCCGCAAGGACGUAGAAAAGUGCAAUUGGCGUUUGGCAUCGUAGUUGAAUUUAUCUGGCUCACGGCAUUUAUACUGCGCGAAUGGCGUUUCAUAGAUACCACAGGGGCUCUGCGAAGAGCAUUGCAUUGUUUACAUGUACGAGUGUUAUGAUGAUAAUACCAAGAAUAAAGCAUG